AUGGCCUUUUCCGUGCUGCUAGGCCCCGCCGCGACCGCCUUUUCAGUCCAGCUCGACCGCUCACCUACGGUCGGCGAGUUGUGCUCCGUUCUGGUUGACUUUGCCGACGAGGGCUGCCACGUGGCCUUCCGCCAAAAGGACGCGGACUCGUGUGCAGUCGAGCUCACGCCUUACGAUUCCGGCGGCGACGGCCUGAGCGCAGACGAGGCUGAAGCUGCGCUCGACUCCAUUCCGGCGAAGCUGGCCGAGGCACUCAAGGCGGUUAACGUCGAGUCGAAGUGCGUGCGCGACCAAGUGCGCGCGCGACUCGGCAAUGAUUCCAACGUCUCGGUCGACUACAUUGAGGCGUGCGGGGACUGCUUUUACCUCGCCAUCGAGUCCGCCCUGUCGGAGAUUUGUGGAUGGCAGCCUUACUACGCUCUGGUCGCCUCCCAAAUCACCGACGAGACAUACCAGCUCUACCAGUUGCUGCACGCCCAGCGCGCUGAAG